UACCUGGCGAAGUACAUAGGCGUCGCGAGCGAUCAUCAUAUUCUUGCCAUUGCUUGUUGCUCAAAUUUUGAUACCCAAUUCGUCGCUUGUCACCAUGUCGCACCUUCCUUCAGAGCCCGAGUUCGAGCAGGCAUACAAGGAGCUGGCCCUCACACUCGAGAACAGUUCGCUCUUCACGAAAAAGCCCGAAUACCGCACUGCGCUCAAAGUCGCUUCGAUCCCAGAGCGGGUGAUUCAGUUCCGCGUUGUCUGGGAGGAUGACGCCGGUAAUCUCCAGGUCAAUCGCGGUUACCGCGUGCAAUUCAACUCAGCUCUUGGCCCGUACAAGGGUGGCUUGAGAUUUCACCCCUCGGUGAACCUGUCCAUCCUAAAAUUUCUCGGUUUCGAGCAGAUCUUUAAGAAUGCCCUCACUGGCCUCAUGAUGGGCGGUGGAAAGGGUGGAGCCGACUUCGACCCCAAGGGAAAGAGUGACGCCGAAAUCCGUCGCUUCUGCGACGCCUUCAUGCGAGAGCUCUGCAAGCAUAUCGGUGCCGAUACCGACGUUCCCGCUGGCGACAUUGGCGUUUCCGGCAGAGAAAUCGGCUUCCUCUUCGGAACAUACCGCAAGCAGCGCAACAAGUUCGAGGGUGUCUUAACCGGCAAAGGUUUGGACUGGGGCGGCAGUCUGAUCCGCCCGGAGGCCACUGGCUAUGGCCUCGUCUAUUACGUCGGGCACAUGCUCGAGUAUGCAGGCGCCGGGGGAUGGGCCGGUAAGCGCGUUGCCAUCUCGGGGUCGGGCAACGUUGCCCAGUACGCCGCAUUGAAAUGCAUCGAGCUCGGUGCCACCGUCGUUUCGCUCUCUGAUUCGAAGGGCUCGAUUGUCGCGGUUGGUGAUGGGCACGUCACGGCAGAGGAUGUUGAAGCCAUUGCCAACCUGAAGGUGAAGCGUCAGUCGCUUUCCACAUAUGCUAUCAGGGACGGUCUCAAGUACAUUGAGGGCGUGCGCCCGUGGAUGCAUGUUGGCAAGGUUGACAUCGCCUUGCCUUGUGCCACCCAGAACGAGGUUAGCAAGGAGGAAGCAGAGGCUCUGGUUGCCGGCGGCACCAAGUUCAUCGCUGAGGGCUCAAACAUGGGCUGCACGCUUGAGGCUAUCGAGGUCUUCGAGGGCAACCGCCGGGAGAAGAAGGGUGACGCCAUUUGGUACGCGCCUGGCAAGGCUGCCAACUGCGGUGGUGUGGCCGUAUCCGGCUUAGAGAUGGCCCAGAACAGCCAGCGUCUCGCUUGGACCAAGGAGGAGGUCGACGACAAGCUCAAGGACAUCAUGAAGAACGCCUUCCAACGCGGGCUCGACACGGCCAAGGAGUACGUCGAGACGGCCGAGGGCGAGCUCCCCAGCCUGGUUGCUGGCAGCAACAUUGCCGGCUUUGUCAAGGUUGCCCAGGCUAUGCACGAGCAGGGAGACUGGUGGACGAAGGAGUGAGGGUUUGGAACCGGUUACGCUGGGCGGUAAUGAGUCAAUGACUGGUCGAGGCGUGCCGGUCGCCUUGUUUUCUGGGCCACUGCCCGGCAUCAGGACUGGGGCUUUUUUCCGUCUUUGUCGUCCUUUUGCAGCGGGCGUUGGUGGUUCUGUGGCGCUGGAGUUGGAGGGCCGGAUUCAGUUACGAUGAUUCCCUGGGCUACCUGGUACUUCUCAUGGCGUGCUGCGGCUUCGUCUUUUUCCCUCUCUGAUUGGAGGCUCG